GCUAGCUUCGUUAGCUUUCCGUGAGCACACCGUGUCCUGCCGCUGCUGCCCCGUCAGUGGUGGUCUGCCCUCUACAGACUGAUCCGCGCCUUCCACAGCCUGUCGUCUGUCUGUUCACCUGGUUGCCUUGUGGGACGCGGACGGUGAGACGUCCGACACUGACUUUGGUAAAUUAAUGUGCCUGAGCGUCUGUGACACAAGUCUUGUCCAAUGGCUACCUCGGGCUCCGCCCUCACUGCCUCCAUCGCCGCCGUCGCCGCCGUGCCUGACGUUUUCCACUAUGAAACCAAGUACAUCGUGCUCACCUACCUUGGAAUGCUGCCUGUCUGUAGACCCCACACUCCCACUACGGCUCAAGAAGACGCUGAGAAUGAGGAGAGGAAGAGGAUGAUAAUAGAGCAGCUAGAGGAAGAGAUGAGGAAACUGGAAGAUGAAAUGGCUGCUUCCUUUUCCAUUUCAGGCUUCGACCGCCACUCAUCACUCGUACUCAGUCCAGACAACCCGGAGACGCUCAUCGACGACUACCUCGCUGUGAUGGGAGAGCGGACGGCCCGAGAGCUGGACACGUCCCUGGCAGCGGCGGUACACUCGCUCCUCACCGGGCCUCUUGACUACCAGAGAUUCCGAGACACAACGCUGACACUCUCCACACACACGCAGGGAGGCUGGAGCAACGUGCUGGCGCCGUUACUGCUGCUCCAGGCUUUGCAGAGCAAGGGCCAGGCCUUGUCGACUCUGGUGCGUCUGGGGGUGCGCCUGCUAGAGGAGGAUGAAGCUGAGUACAUCACGCAGCAAGGGGGAUGGGCUGAAAUAUUCCGGCUCGGCUCAGAGGAGGAGCAAGGUGUGACCAUCGCCGAAGACAACAACGACAUUUACAUCCUCUCGGGGGAGCAGCAUCCCGACCAGCUCAGCCCGCCGUCGUCGCUGCUCUGCACUGGAGACAACAGCAGCGGGCAGAGCUCCUGGCAGACGGAAAGCUUACCCGUGUCUCUGGCCGGCCACGAGUCUUGGGCGCAGGUCAGUGCGAUGGACCCCGAGGACGUCAAGAGCCUGGACAGCAACGAGGGCGCGGCGCUGGCCGAGGAGCGCAGCGAGAACAACUCGUCGAACUCGGACAUUGUUCACGUGGAGCGCGAGGAGGCGGAGCUGCUGGAGGAGGUGGGCGAGAUCGGGGCGAUAGACGAGAGCAUGAUGAGCGUUUUGGGCACUGAGAGCGAGCUGGCCGAGCUCAGGGAGGAAUUCAGGGACCAGACUCCGCCUGUCUCGCUGUCAGCCGAGGCAGACGCCCCGGCCUCGUUGAUCUCAUUAGAGGAGCCGGUUGUUAUAGAGACGCCCGUCAGCUUGUCAGCAGAACCUUCCCUCGUCUCGUCAGAACCAGAGCUGCUUCCCCCGGCCAUCGACGCCGCCGCCGCUCCUCCUCAUGACGAGCCUGAACCCGCAGCACCUUUACCCGUUCCUGCCGUCGAACCAGAUCCUGAGCCAGAACCAGCUGCUGACGCCGCACCAGUGCCUGCCGAGGGGGCGGGUGAAACGCCUGAAGUCACACCAGAACCAGCGCCCGAACCAGAACAGGACCUGGAACCUGCUGCAGUGCCUCCGCAGCCCGAGGAGCCCCAGCCAGAGCCAGAAACUGUGGCAGAGCCGGCUCUGGCCCCACCCCUGCUGUUGCGGACCCCCGUAGAAGCCCCCCCUGCCGAGGAACCUCCCGUGAAGCCGGAGUCCGAGCUCUCAGCGCUGCUUUAUGGAAGCGCUGCACUGGUGCUCCUCGCCGCGGCCGUAGCAUACGGUGUCUUGAGCUACAGGCGGAAGUAGAAAUAGAGAAGUCGUCGUUCCAAGGGGGGGAGAAAGCAAAUUGUGAGAUGUUAAAAAGUAGAAAUAAAUGCAUUAGUAGACACAUGGUGGGGACUCUCCAUACGAACUGUAGGAUUUACCAAAUGAGGCUGAUCUGUUUCACCUGAUCCACGACCUCACUGCUGCGAGCUCGUCGCCGCUUCAUUCCACCAGGCGCAAACACAGGAAGGUGGAAAACGAUGCACUCCAGUUUAUUCCUAUUUUUUCUUUCUUAGUUGGAAAUUUAAAUUCUUGAAGACUCCAGCCCUUCAUGUCAGAGAUUGAAACGUGUGUGUGUGACUUUUAUUCCAAUAAUGCUGUUUUUCAGUUUGAUCGUGUGCCACUUGACUCUGUGUUACAAGGACAAUUCCCUGGCGGUGCGCCCGUUAGCUAAAGAAAACCUUUCACGUUAUUGCUGUGAAUUCAGGUCUUUCUUGCGCCGUCUUACUAUGCAGCAGAGCAGCUUCCGUUUGUGUUUCCCCUCUCAACUGUGAUGAGUAAUUAUGAUACUUCCUCUGUUAAACAAACCAAAAUAAUUGAAGGAUGUGGAAAUAAAAUAAAACAGUACAUUGAUUUUCAUUUGUCAGUUUGAAAUAGCUGAAACAGGCAAAUGAGGUUAGAUUUGUUGCACAAGGGAUUUUUAUUAUUUUGUUCAUUGAAAUCUUUUGCCCAAGGAUGGGUUCAAGUUAUUUGAAUGUUUCAAGAGGUACGGUCCUGCUGCUGCAUCAUAGGUCCAGAGUCAUUUGAUGUGGCCUGAAAAUCAAACUGUCUCGUACACCAAGUUACAGCGUACGGAAUAAAUUCUUGUUUCAAAUGGUUCUAGAUGCAGAGAGGAUGUUUCCAUGCAUGCGUCAGUAUUUAAGAUCAGGAAGGAUUCACAAAGGUCCCGAUCAUGACCCCUGACUUUCCUAAAAUACACUGUUGGAAAUGAUAAAAAUAAAGAUUUAGAUUUGAAAAGCA